UAUUUCGUUUUGUUUAUUAAACUUAUCUGAUGAGUAAUUCACGAUUUUCCUUUCAACAAACAGAUGUUUAUUCACUUUGUCUUGAAUUUGUAAUGUUUAUAAGAUAAAGUUCCCUUCGCACAAGUAUCCUUCAAUGCUUUUCAAUUUAACAAUACUUAUCACAGUAUUGGUCAUUGCUUAUUCAAAAAUCUACGAAAGAUGUGAUUUAGCUAAGGACCUGUUACACGUGCAUCAUAUCCCUAGUGAACAAAUACCCACGUGGAUCUGCAUUGCUAGCCAUGGUUCCAAUUUUGAUACCAGGGACGAAAAAAAUGUCACUGGAGAGUAUGGUUUGUUUCAAAUUCCCAGAAAAAUAUGGUGUGGUAACGUUACCAUUGGUUGCAACGCCCUGUGUUCGAAUUUCACCGAUGACGAAAUUGAAGAUGACGUCGAAUGCGUGAAGAAAAUUUAUAAAAACAGCGGUUUCGGAGGAUGGAAUAUUUAUUAUCAACAUUGUAAAGGAAACCAAGAAAACUUGAUUAAAGAUUGUCAUUUUUAG